GUGUCCACACAGCCAGACAUGUGACCGGAAGUGCGCUGGCGGCCAUCAUGCGUUGCCACUCGCUAAAGUGCGCCUGAAAAAUACGAUUUCGACUGAAUUUUGCGCUGCGUUUUCACGUUUUUUUUCUGUCUCCACAACGAAAAUGCCACAGUGUGUGGCGUACGAUUGUAACAAUAAGUCGGGAAGAGGCGCUAAAUGCACAUUUCACCGAUUCCCUAAAGAUGAAACCCUGUGCAGAGAAUGGGUCCAGGCGCUGAGGAGGAAGAAUUUCACAGCCACUCCCGGUGUCACAUUAAUCUGUAGUGACCAUUUCCUGGAGGUCGACUUUGACCGAAGUGGCCAGACGACUCGACUCAAGCAAGGCGUCAUACCUAGCGUCUUUAAAUUUCCUCCAUGUCUCCAAAAGAAACUGAAGGAACGGAAACCAGCGACCGACAGACACGAAUCAUCUCAACCAGCCUCCACAGUUGCAUCAGAGUCCCCAAUAAACCCAUGUGGAGCAGAUCACAACUACUGCCUUGACCCCAACCCACGAAAGGUCAAGCAGAAGCUUGACACCGCGGGGGAAACAAUCAAAAGCCUGCGAAAAAAACUCAAGGUUUCUCAUCAGAAAACGCGACGUUUGAGGAAGAAGGUGGAGAGCUUAACAACUAUUUUGAAAGAGCUGAAGAAUAAGGGAAAGGUUUCAGACAAUAGUACCCAGAUUCCUGCUACAACCUUUCUGUAGUCAUUCGCCCUCUCCUUAAUCGAGUGAACUGAUUGCUAACUCAUGACCAAGACACAACUCAAGGCAGCAGCAUGACUUGGAUUCUUGAUUUUCCCGACAAAAACUUAACAUCAAAACCUAACCACUCUAAAUCACAAUUUACGCUACUGGGAUAAUACAGCCUGAAUGGUCGAUGCAGUCUUUGUGAGACUCUCAUUACUCCAUUCAGUGAUCCUGGUGUAAAACAUGCAGUGACAACAGUGUCCAGCCAAAACUCAACACAGGUAAACAUACAAUAGUCAAAGUGAAUGUCGGAGAUGUUGUUAACUUUGAGUCUCAAAUCUUGCAUACUGUUUGUGUCUUUUUGCCGGGUUCCUAGAAAUGAUAAUCCGUGAAUCCAGAUGUACAGUAUUCAUUUUUGAUGACACUUGCUCAACAAGUCAGUCCUCAGCCGUUGUCUGUGUCCAUCCACCAGAUUUGUGGCAUGCAUGGCACAAAAAAAAGUUU